AUGUUAUUAUCAACGAAAAUAGAUUUACUUAAAAUACCUCUCGUCAAUACAACUAGAGUGUUGACUUCGAGAUAUCUUCAAACGUUUGGAAAAUUCAAACCAUCAGCGAAUCUGCCAGAUGAUUCGGAAUUUUAUCCAGGAAAAAGUUCAAUGGUUAGAAUGGAAGAAUAUUAUAACACAAUAUUAUAUGAUGAUUUAAUGAUACUCACGUAUAAAGAUCCAAAAUCAGAGAAAACAUUUAUUGAAAAAAGACUUAAAAAAUACCUACCUUUAACAAAAGUUACACGAGAUACUGAUAAUCCGUUUUUGAAAAAUCGUCCACCAUUAAAACCAAGGGGUGAUAAAAAAUCCAAACCCAUACCACCGCCUCAAACGCAUGAAUCAGUUCCUUAUUUAAAAGAAAUUUAUGUUCAUUGUAUGAUUAAACAAGCGAUUCAUAAUAAACAACAUUUAUUAAGUGGUAUCAUGGCUUUACAAUGCAUUACUUCAGAAAGGCCUACCGUCACAUAUUCUAAAACCGGUGUUGCUAAUUGGAAAUUGAGAGCGGGUAAAAAAAGUUAUUAA